UCCAGCGCAGUUGUUGUGGUAGUUAAUAAUGGCGGCAGUGGGAGGCGGAUUGUCAGCCUCUGCUGUUCUCGCUGGCGUUAACACUUCAACCACAGUUCGUUGUCGCUUUCCAGCUCGACCAUGCACAUCCCGCAGCCAAGCACGAUCAGAAAGGCGUUUGCGAGUUGGUCGACUGUGGACUGGAGAUGGAAAGACUGCCUCAAAGGGCCCGAGGCCCGUCAACAUUGGACUUACGUUGCAAGAAGACCCGUCACUACUGCGCUUACUUCGGAUUGCAGAAAAACACAAGCGCAAGAGAGAGGCGGGUUUCGACUCUAGCGGGAGUGAGGAGGAGGACAAUUUCGUUGGUUUUGGAGUCGAUGGCGGCAGAUCUCUCCGCUCCUCUCGCAGUGCAUCACAAAGCACUCCUCUGAAGUCAGUGUUGUCACCGGCGGAAAAGCCUCCUCCUGCGCCGGACCUGAUAGAAGCUGAGGAUGCAGCUCCUCCGCCAGCCCCCGCCGUCUCUGAGAUCAAGCCCCUCUACGGGAAGGUCGUUAAGAGGGGCGAGAGAAUCCGAAAAGAUCAACCCUCUACCGCGGCACCCGGGGCACAGGCGAGGAACGCGUCCAAGUCGAAACUGGUCGUUAAAUUUGCCGUCAAAAAGACCACAAAGGAAGUCUUGCCACCAAAAACAGUGAAGGCUGUACAAGCCUCGAAAGGCAAGGGCUCAGGUGCUGAUGGUAGACAACCAGCCAAAGCCUUAGCUAAGAACCAGAGGGUCAGGAAAUCACCAGAUGUUGAUUUAACUAAUGAUGAAGUGCAAGAUCUGAAUGCUGACACAAGCAGUAAAGGUAGAAAGCAGCUUACCGUGCAUAAGCCGACAAGCAGUACCACCAGUGACAGCAUUCCAAUUAUUAGAGUGCUGAAGAACCCCAAAGUUGAGCUGGCGGGAUCUGUUAGGCCUGUACCUGCUCAAAGUGAAGGUCCCUCACGGAAGAAGCAAAGCAAAGUUGUGUGGACUCUGACUUUGGUGAAAGGCCAGGGUAAGACGUCCGCUGUGAGGAAGGGGCCCGCCGAGGUCAGUAAAACCACGGGGCCAAUGCUGGGAAAGUUUGUGAAGAGAAGAAGGCCUGCCGCCCAGGAGGAAAGCUCCGAUUCCUUAGGUAGUCCGACCCGUGGGAGCAGCGUCCGGUCCACUAGUCCGAGCCCUGGCGGUCAGAGGCGGAACCCUAGCCAUUUGCUUUGGAUACCGCAGAAACGGAGGACGAAAGACAUGGGCAGCGGCGGCUCUGCGGUGGAGGCGGCGACCGUGGCCGUGUCGCCCAAGCCUGUCGGCAAGCAGAGGAGAGUUUCCAAGGGAACGGAGGGGUCGCCAGAGGAGGGUGCGGAGGCCGGGUGGGAGAGCGGACACGAACCUUCCGAUCAGCCCGCCACAUCAUCAGGAAACCAAGUGCGCAGGAGAGCUCCCUUCAAGCUCAAAAGACGCAGAAAGUCCCCGUUUAAAAUGCGAAGGAAGCCCGGUGUGCAAAAAACGGAUCAGUCUAGCCCAGAUAGGCCAGUGAAGCGUCGCAAGCGUAUCCGGCAGAAGUCUGCGGGUUACGUUUACGAGCCCAUAGUAACCUUGGAUUCCGAGAACCAGGGGGAACAACAGGAAGACGCGUCCUGUGCCCCGGCAAACACCAAUCUUGUGUCCGCGGAGGGUAUGCCGUCGGGCACGCCGUCGGACAGGCCAUCGGGCACGCCGUCAGUCACGCCUGUGGUCAGCGGUCGGUCCUCCCGAGUCAUCAAGACGCCCAAGAGGUUUCUUGACGACGAGCGAAUGUCCCACCUGGUCGCCAGGGGUCCCCUGAAAAAGAACGGGAUUGGCACCACGCUAGACCCAGAGAUGCCAAAACCGGCCGGGCACAGGAGGCGAUCUCACCACCAUGCGGACUCUAAAGGCGAAGGGCUCGCCGCAGGCAGAUUUCAGGAAGACCAUUCUACCUCAGACGCUCCACAGAGCACCAAAGGCGAUCAGGCGCUCGGCCCCGGAGUGGGCAAGUUGAAGUUUUACGAGAGGCUGAAGAAGCUGACCACUACGCUGGCCCGGAAGAGAGUGCGUAGGGCCAGCGACACCUCCGGCGACCAACAGGGCGAAACCGAAGGCGACAUGCAAGACACCGGAGAGUUCCAAGGCCCAGUGAGGAAGAGGAGGAGGAGAAGGAGGUCCAAGUUGACGAUGGAGGACAUCCAGGCCCCUGGGGUGGUGAGGAAGUUGGCGGUUCACCUGAAUGCCGCAGAUGCUACUCUACCUGGUGAAGGGCAUUUGGAUGCUACAACAGGGGACAAUGUGGAGGGACCGACCCAAAUGGAGAGUGUGGGCCUGACCCAGAGGGAUCUGGGAGAGCGCGUGCUGGUUGAACAGGAGGGGACGACCCAUCGCAUCUCCGUGUCCAGCUCCAACAAGAGAAUGUUCCACCUGCUCAAAAGGGCAAAGGUUCAGCUAAUCAAAAUUGACCAGCAAAAACAGCUUAAAUCCUCUCAGCUGCUGUCUGGCUCUGUCAAGCUGGGAGAGUCCAGCGAGACUGGAGUGAAGAGGAGGAGGCGACGAAGGAUGGUGAGGGCCCCGAACAGGGACCCUACUGCGAGGCAGCAGCAGCUGCUCGCCGGGCCCCGCAUCAAGCACGUGUGCCGGGCGGCGGCAGUGGCCCUCGGCCAGCCUCGUGCCAUGGUGCCCGACGACAUCCCUCGGCUCAGCGCCCUUCCACUGCACGAGCGCGAGGGCAUCGCCCCCUCGCCCACCGCCCCCUCGCCCACCGCAGAAGCAGGUGCAGGUGAGGUAUCGGACCCCGAGAGCGCGUCAGACUCGGAGUGGCAGUCGUCGUCACGGCGCCCGGAGUACCGUGCCGGCGGGGUCCGCUCUCGACGCUGCCUGCGCUGCCCCGGCUGCGUGAAGCCCGACGACUGCGGACGCUGCGUCCACUGUCUGGACAAGCCCAAGUUCGGUGGGCCCAACACCAAGAGGCAGUGUUGCAUCCACAGAAUAUGUUCCCGCAUUGCACUGAAGAAAGCCAGGCGUAUGGGGAUCCGGAACCCCAAAGUCCAGGUGCGCCGUGGCGGGCGGUCCUCGGCCAGCGGAAACGCGUCCAGCGAGGACGAGGACGGGGCGACUCCGCGGACGGCGCCCUCUGACCUCCAGAGCCCCUCCCCCUCCAGGAAGCAGCCUCGCAGACACGUCACACCCCUCUGCUACAGUGACCUGCUCCGGUCCGAGUCCGAAUCGGACGAGUCCACCAGCCGCCAGCCCGCCCCCAGGAGGAGCGCCCUAAGCAACGGGGCCACGGCCAGUCUUGCGGACGAGGUUGGCGGUAGCUUACCCAAGCCCAGGCGCCUGCGAUUUGGCAGAGCCGGCCGUCGCCGCUUUGACAAGAGCACGGCGCAGCACGCCACCACCAACACCAACACCAACACCAACGCAACCCCCAGCUCGCUGGCAGCGCUCGCCAACCGCUUCGGCGCACGAGAGAUGGCGUCCCGCCAGGCCAAGGCCGCGCACAGGGUCCGCAUCGACUUCAAGGAGGACUGCAGUGUCCAGAACGUGUGGCUCAUGGGCGGUCUCAGCGUCCUCACCUCCAUCCCCAUCUCUCCAGACAGCGUCUGCCUGCUCUGUGCCAGCAAAGGAAAACACGAGAUGGUUUAUUGCCAGGUGUGCUGCGAGCCUUUCCACAGCUUCUGCCUGAAGGAAGAAGAGCGCCCCCAGGAGGGGAACAAGGAGAACUGGUGCUGCAGGCGCUGCAAAUACUGCCACGUCUGUGGCCGCAAGAGCAAACACGCCAGGCCAGUGUUGCAGUGUCGGAGAUGUCUGUAUUGCUACCACCCCACCUGUCUUGGACCCACCUACCCCAAGCCCCUGAAGUGCAACCUCCCCUGGGUUUGCAUGAAGUGCAUUCGCUGCAGGAGCUGCGGCAUGACCCCAGGGAAGACGUGGGACAUGGCCUGGAACCACGAGCAGGACCUGUGUCCUGACUGCAGUGUCCUCCAUAAACUCGGUAACGUCUGUCCAGUGUGCCAGUGCUGCUACGAGGAGGCCGGCUGCCGGAAGCGCAUGAUGAAAUGUGCCCGCUGUACCCGCUGGGUGCACAGCAAGUGUGAGAAGAUCUCGGAUGAGGAGUGUGAGCGGAUGAAGAGGCGUCCGGUGGGCGGGUUUAUCUGCACGCCGUGUGGUCUGGGCAGCUGGAGGGCGGAGCUUCAGGAGGAACUGCGUUCCGGCCUGCAGACGGUUCUGUCCGCUCUGCUCGACUCCCCGCACACACAGGAUGUCCUCACCUGUGAACAGUGUGAGGCCUCCCCAGAGGAUGUUUGUGUGAAGAGUUCCACAGCUGUGUGUGAUCUGCGUGCCGUCAGCAGGAAGUUGGAGCAGGGCGACUACACUACCGUGAGAGCUUUCAGUGAGGAUGUUGCCACGGUGAUGAGGAGGAAGCUGAAGGGUGAGGAUGAGCGUCCUCCCAAUGAGCUGAAGUCCCUGUACAUGCAGUUGAUGAAGGAGGCCUUCAGCUGGCUUAAUGGAGGACACAUGAAGACAUGGGAGCCACUUUCUCAGGAAUUCCCCAGUGGUAUGCUCCCAGAUGCAGUGCUUCCUCCCUCUGACGAGCAUAGCUAUGCCCAGUGGCUUGAGAGAGAGAACUUCCCUGCCCAAGGUACAGGAACAAAAGGGAUCCUGAGUCCUGGCCAAAUCAAGAGGCUGUUUCAAGAUGACCGACAGUGCUCCCUUUGCCAGCUGCAUGGAGAUGCCAUGCCCAAUGAGGCUGGCAGGUUGCUGUAUCUGGGUCAGAAUGACUGGGCUCACGUGAACUGCUGCAUCUGGUCUGCUGAGGUGCAAGAGGACAAGGGGGCCCUGCUGAGUGUCCACAGCGCUGUGGCCAGGGGACGCUUGAUGCGCUGUGACCGGUGUGGCCUAUCGGGGGCGACAGUGGGCUGCUGCCUCAGCUCCUGCCAGAGUAACUUCCACUUUAUGUGCGCCCGGAUCCGCAACUGCGUCUUUCAGGAGGACCGAAAAGUCUUCUGCCACAAGCACUGUGACCUCAUCAAUGGCAAGGAGGUGACUGGUAGUGGUUUUGAAGUUUUGCGGCGCAUAUAUGUGGAUUUUGAGGGAUUCAGUCUCCGCCGGAAGUUCCUCACAGGCCUGGAGCCAGAAAUCAUCAACAUGAUGAUCGGCUCUCUGCAAAUCCAUAAUUUGGGGUUGUUGACAGAACUGUCAGCAAAUUCAGGAAAGCUGUUCCCUGUGGGUUACCAGUGCUCCCGCUGGUACUGGAGCACAGUGAACCCUUACGUCCGCUGCAAGUACACCUGCCACGUGAGGGAGGCCCAGCCCAGCUCGCCAAAGCAAAUGUUCGGAGAAGGCCGCAGCCAGGGCAGCAACCAGACCAUCGCCCACAGCCCAACACCAGUCCAGGCCAUGGAGAUCAAAGCUGAGGCUACAUCACAGCCUGUGGAGAUUCCCUUUGGCACCCCCUCACCAAAAGCCAAACCGGAUGCUGGAUCCAAAACAUCAGGUUACUCCCAUCCUAGAAGGCCAGUAGGAGGACUGUGUAGACCGCUACCUUCCCCAGGUAACGCCAGUUCCAAGUCCCAUCACAUCCUGACCAUCAGUGAUCUCGACGAAACCCGACGACCUCGCCGUCUCAGCACGACCGUGCGGGGACGCAACGCCUCCCCGCCUCGAGCCGAAAACGGCUCUCUUCUCCCCAGGUCGCUUCCCUUCAGCUCCCCAAACCGAUCCUCCCCCUCCUCCCCGACAUCUCCACUCGCCACCUCCGGACACUCGCCUCUUCACUGCGCUGUCGGCAGCCUCCCGGCGACACUCCGCCACUCGCCAAGGGUUCCGCAGCCGUUCCGUGUCAGCCAGCCCGAGUCAGCGGAGGUUCCGCAAGACUUCCUGGCUUCAUCCGAGCCCGAGGAUGCUGCUGAGAUGCCCCUGUACGGCCUGGACACGGAGGAGCAUACUGACGAGCCGGCCAUCCUCCUAGUCGCAGACAAGUUGUCUGCCGAGCCAAACGACGGCGACGAGAAUACGGUGAUUCUGGUCACAGAUCAGGGGGUGCCGUACGGACACUUCGAUGUGGAUGCAGACGAGGCGGUGGCCUCGGUGUUGAACGCCAAGCUGGAGUUCAACGAGGCGCUACUGCACGAGGACAUGGUGCUUCAGUACCGAGCUCACACAGGGGAGGAUGAGGAAGAGGAGAUGAGAGUAGGAGGAGGCGGAAGAUAUGCGGUGGAGGUCGCCCAGACUGAAGAGUACUCUGUAGAUGCGUGUACGUCAACCGGCUCCAAAGAACCCUCCCCUCCCAACUCUGCGGUGGAAGUGCUGGGGAACGACUCCUCGGACGACGACGGAGGGGACAACAUGGACCACUAUUUGAAUUUCUCGAGGACCGUGGUUUUGCACGAUGCGUCCAAGGACGCGGCACAAGCAGGGCUAUCCUGCCUUCCUACCUCAGGGACCAUCUCGCAGCUGGACGGCGCUGACAACGAAUCGGAGAGCGACGCAGGGGAAGUAACGGGAGAAGACGAUUCUCAGGAAAUGAGGAUACACCAGGAAUCAGAGCCAUCGUCAGGAACAAGUUCCAGUGAAGGAACAAGUUCCAGUGAAGGACAUGUUAGUACGGUAGAAGGUCGUUCUAAAAUGUCUGCGGCAGCAUCCGUUGCAUCGUCAAAACCUGUAAUUCUUGUAGGACCUCAAAAUAGUGUCUUGCUGGACCCCAAAACUGGAAAGUUUGUAACUGCAGAUGGUGGCUCGACAAUAGAUUUGACAAAAGAUUCCCAAGAUUCCCAAGAUUCCCAAGAUGGCGACUCUUCGACAGACUCCGUAAGUAUGGACGAAGUGAUGCCACAGACAGAUGGACGUCAACUGCCCAAAAUCAAAAUCCGACCUUUUAGCAACCCAAGGGUGCGGCUCAUCGAAACCUCAUCUGCACCAACCCACAUAACUGUGAACCCACCGGUUGCUUCCACUCGACAACCUCGGAAGAGAGGAGGUAAGGUUGCUGCACCUGUGGUUAGGCCUCGUAAGAUCAUCCCAUCUACCUCCUUGCCACCGUUCCGUGCUGUACCCCUGAAAGAUCCCAUAACUGCGGCUCCUAUUGUGAUCAAUGGUUUCGGGUCACCAGCACAACCGAACGAAGCCCCGAAGGGAAAACCGAUUGCCAUUCGCCUAACGAGCCCAAAGCCGAUACAACCACAGGGAGGUGCGGCGACUGGCACAUCCAAGGCCCCUCAGAUUCUUCUGGUCAAUCGCUUCGGUCAGAUCCUGGUGAAAGAUCCUCAGAGCAACACCUUCCAGAGCCCAAAUGCAGCAUCGCCCUCGCUGAGCAACAUCAGCCAGAUCGCCAAGAUCAUCCACAGUCGGAACGUCCUGCCACGUCCAGUUCCAAAGAUCCUGGUUGCCCCUGUUUCUUCGCAGUGUACUGUGGUGCCUCCCAGUGUGGGAGUCACCACACACAUCAUCUCUUACACCAGCAGUUCUGGCUCAACAACCCCCACCAACGUCUGGGUACGGAAGUUGAACAUGCCCGAUGGAGCGGUACCAGCCCAGCAGGUCACUCAAAGCCAGAGUGGGAAACCCCCCAACGUCCUAAUUAAGAAUGUCACCGUUCCCCUCAAAGCUCGGAGCCAGGGAGAAAUGGCUCAGGCUAUAAUCGACAAAGCCAUGGCCAGCCACCGCGAAGUACAACAAUCUCCCAACCUGAGCCCGUCUCAGUUCACGGUGCACCCGUUCCUGAACAAACUGGAGUCUCCACAGCCGAUAGCAACUCCCCCGUCGGAACCGAAGAGAACCAGGCCAGCUAUUCUGGCGCGGUCGGCGCCCCAGGUACGGGUUAAGAGGGUGUCCUCUAUGUCUGAACGUGUCGGACUGAAGAAAUGUCGGGCGGACUUCUUACCACAGGCGCCCCCUACAGACAAGGAGGAUGCUAAUGGCAGCACAGCAGCCUCCAGAGCUAGCGGUGUUCGUAUGAAAAAUCCAUCAUCAAAGGAUGUGCUUGCCCUUGAUCAGCUAAAACCAGACUGUCCUGAACAGCCAAAACCUGACGUCCCCAAGCCAGUUGCUUGCAAAAGGUCUGUAACAUCUGCCCCGAUACCUCCCAGGGAGACGACUAAAGAUGUACCAACUGUCCCCAAAGAAGCUAACAGUGGAGUUCCGGCGAAAACCCACGUGUGGGUUAGUGCUCGAGAUGGUGAGCUUUCUGACUGGGGUCCCUACUCAGGGUUGAGUUCCGAUGAGGAGUCCUCGCCCCCUAAGCGAACACCCACCGAGUCGCAGAUGAAGGACCAGCCUCGUCUGAGCUUCGUCAUCACCAGCGACGACGGCUUCAGGGUGGAGGCCGACAGCAUAGAGGUGGCGUGGCGUGCGGUGCUGGAGGGCGUGCAGGAGGCGCGGAUCGGCUGCGGGAUGCGGCAGCUGCCCGUGAGCGUGCUCAGUGGCGCCCAGCUGCUGGGCGUGGUGCACAACGCCGUGCUCUACCUGCUGGAGCAGCUGCAGGGCGCCGCCAAGUGCGGCGGUCACCGCUUCCGCUUCCACCCGCAGGAGAAGCCCGAGGAGGAACUACCCAUCAACCCCAGCGGCUGCGCUCGGGCCGAGGCCUACCAGCGGAAGUCCACCUUCGAUAUGUUUGACUUCCUGGCGUCUCAGCACCGAAAGCUCCCAGAGUACACGGCCUACGAUGAAGAGGAGGACGACCUUCCACUCAAAUCCACCAGGCGCGCCACCAACAGCGAGCUUCCUGUGGCCAUGAGGUUUAGGCACUUGAAGAGAACCUCCAAGGAAGCUGUGGGGGUCUACAGGUCUCCCAUCCACGGGCGUGGUCUGUUCUGCAAAAGGAACAUCGAGGCGGGUGAGAUGGUGAUCGAGUAUGCCGGGAAUGUCAUCCGAUCCGUUCUCACAGACAAGCGGGAAAAGCACUACGACAGGAAGGGCAUUGGCUGUUACAUGUUUCGAAUCGACGACUUUGAUGUUGUUGAUGCCACGAUGCAUGGCAACGCGGCGCGCUUCAUCAACCACUCCUGCGACCCCAACUGCUACUCGCGCGUCAUCAGCGUAGACGGUCUGAAGCAUAUCGUCAUCUUCGCGCUGCGGAAGGUCCUCCGCGGCGAGGAGCUCACGUACGACUACAAGUUCCCCAAGGAGGACGCCAACAGCAAGCUGCACUGCAACUGCGGUGCUAGGCGCUGCCGCCGCUUCCUGAACUGAAGAGGGCGCUAGCGAGCAAUGAGGCCAGGAGGCGCCAACAAAGACAGAAGAAAAAGAAGUCGUCAAAACGCAAGGGUGGAGGAUAAUGAAAGACAUGAAUUGAGUUGCGUCAAGGCGGACAUUAUGCUUCUCGAUUAGGGUGGUAAAUCCUCUGGAUUCAGGUGUAGCUUUGCCCUAUAGUGUAAAAAAAAGAAAAAAGGAGAAAAAAAAGCAAAGACAUGUUAAGAAGUCCAGCAUAAGCUUAAGCUGUGUGAGUGCUACUUCAGAGACUGGGAUGGCAUGGGAAGGGGAGUUGUGGUGUGGGCUUGGAGCUUGAUGCAGGGCUAUCCACAUUUGCCUGUUACGCAGCCACACUUGCACCAACGAGAUGCUUUAAAUAGUGAGGGAAAACAAACAAAGCAGGGAACAAUGAGAUGCAUCAGGGACCUAAAAGUCCCGUCUCUCCCAGUGGUCAUGAUCUCCUUAGGGGGAGGUCGAAUCAUCAUGAAGGGGAUGAGUUUUUGUUAUUUGUGCUGAAGAAGACCCCAUGGCAAAAUGACCCAUUCAUGUGAAAAUAACAUCUGGAUUUUGCCACACUUUUUCCUCAAUUCUUCAUACUCGCAGCCGAACCAUUCUUGUCACUGUACUCUUCCCAUCUAAAAACUCUUGACAGCUUAAUUCCUUAAUCUUCCCUUUUGCCCAUUAGGAGAGUUCCUUCUACUCUCGGUCCUCUCCUAGGACUCGUUGCCUCCUGUAAUGACCAGGUUAUAUAUAUGCUUGACUUCUGAGCCUAAGAGGACGGCGUUGUGAUACCAUGUCCUCUGCUGGAGCGCCACCCUCUGGACAGUGUGGGUAAAAUAAUAAUAAUUAAAAAAAAAGAACCCUCUGCAGUUCCUCAUCGGGUUCAUCGGGUUGAACCCACAACAUCUUUGGACAGGCCAGAUUAACAGUCUCAAACAGAGACUCGUUUGAAAUGCAGCUUUAUCACACACGAAACAAACGGACUCUCGCACACUCUGAUGUUUGUUUGAGCAGCUAUAUUUUUUACUGCAGAACUGUUGAAAUGCAGGGAAGAUGUGAUGUUUCCCUUUUCUACUGAACACUUUGCUGUUGUUUGCGGGUGACUUCAAUUUAUGUAGGUGCUACUCAAAGACAACCAACUCUUUUCUCUGUGAAGUAGAACCAGUUCAUAAGUAGAGCCUGCUUUCAUCCUGCAUAGAGAAGAACCGCUUUUCCGGAUAUAUAUAUAUAUUUUUCCUUUUCUUUAUGGCUGCUGUGACGAGCGUAGAGGUUCUUAGGCACGAAGAGUGGAACAAAACCAUUACAAAUUCAGCUCUCCUAAAAUAAUUUUAUGAUUUUUUUUGUUUUUGUUUUUUGUCCUAGUGAUUGUUCAUAACAGACAUACAGUAGGACAUCUUGAAGUGUUAUUAUACAGUAUCCUCGGAACAGCCAUUUUUCUGUACGGUGUUUUUUUAAGUACCAGCACAGCAGUGGAGCCCUAUUCCAUCUUUGGCCUCCAUCUUGUUGAGAUGUUCUUGAAUCCCGAAGUAAGUGGCAUGAAGGACUACCAGCAGAAGCAAAUCACAUCACAGAACAGACACAAAACCCCAAAGUAGGCUCUCUGACCCUCAAUGUCAGCAGAUCUCCUUAGUCUACAAGAAGAGGGCCAUUGUGGGGAAUAUUGUUGCUUGCUUGAAUGGGUGACCUCUUCUGACAGUCCAGAACUUCGUGUUUGGCUUUACCAGUAGUCAGGUCUGAAAUGUACAGGUGCACACAUUUAAAUUUUGAGUGAUAACUUACCUGCUGUUCUAGCACAAAUUUGAAAAUGUUGUCUGUAUAUAGUUGUCUACAGAAAUUUCCUAACUUGUUCAAAUUUUUUACGCACUUUUUUUAAUUUAUGAUGCUAUGAUCUGAAAUAAAGGUGUUAAUGAUGUUUGAAGAAAA